GUCAGCGGUCCUUUGGUGUGAUUGUGGAAUCAGAAAACGUCGAUGUCAGCCAAAUGGAGUUUGGAGAGGCGCUUCUCAGCUGUAAUUAUAAAUUGGAAAAGGAGCAGAUCGUUAGGCUAGAGUGGAAAAAAGUGGCUCUCAAUGAAGAAAUCUCCUUUGUCUUCUUUCAAAACUCUUUAGUGGGUGGCUUGGCAACACGAGCAGAUAUGGAAACCUCCAGUAUCAGGAUUAGAAACCUAACAAGAGGAGACUCAGGGAAAUAUCGCUGUGAAGUCAGCGCUCCUCAAGACAAAAAAAAUUUCAAUGAAAUUACUAUCACUUUG